CAAAGCACCGGACACCCCCAUCGAUCAAAUAAUUUUUCUUCGAGUAUGCGUAGCUUGCUAGACACGAUUCGAGGCCGCAAAAAGCGGCGGAGCGACAAGGAAAUAAACUUCCCGGUGUUGCCACCGCCUCCUCUCCCUCUUCUCCCCGCUCAGCGGGAGCGGCCCAUCACGCCUCCUGCGAAUACCACCGCUGCAGCUGCCGAAAACCUUGUCGUCGCGCUCGGCACCUUCGCCUGCCUGCCACCGGAGCUGCGCCGGCGUGUGCUCGUCGCCGCCUUCGGCGAUCGCACGCUCCACUUGGACCUACGGCUCGCCCCGCGCGGCAAACGGGCGAGCGGCUCGGUCACGUCUGCCGGCAAGUACGAGCAUGGCCGCGGGAUGGCCCCCCUCAGCUCGACUCGCCUCGCUGUUGUGGGUUGGGGAGUCCCGGGCGAGAUGAUGGCGGGCAAGUAUGUGGGUUCUAAGAUGAAGUCGGAUUGGUCAGAGUGGGAGUGGUGCUGGUACGGCUGCGUGUGCCACCGUCUACUCCCCCGCGGGUCGGCCAUGGAACGCCGCAUUUUCACGGCCCGCCGCCGCUCCCCGUAUAUCUGGCCGCAUCGAGACUUCUGCAUCCGCGGCGAGGCCGAGCUGUGCGAGGCGUGGCCGCCGCCAAGGCCCGCUACUGCAGGCACACAGGCCCAAGCUACAGGCAUAUGCGAUUAUGCUGUCGGCGCCUUGGGCUGGCUGCGCGCGUGCCGGCAAGCCUACGUCGAGGGCAUCGAUGUGCUUUAUGCGACCAACACGUUUUUCCUCGAGAGCCGGGACCUCCUGGACAUCCUCAUGUCCAGCCCUCCCGAUCCCUAUUCCCACAUCCCCGACGCCUGCCGGCGCCUGCUUCUACCGGAGCGCCUGGCCAUGAUACGGUCGCUCGAGCUGCGGUGGGAGAUCGUGCUUUUUGGGGACCUGCCCCGGCCAUCCCCUUGGCUCGAUUACAACAAGGGCAGAUUGCGACUACUCCCGAAUCUGGCCAGCCUGAUGGUUCCGUUCCCGAACUUGCGCUCCCUUGUCGUCUCUUUCUCAGGAGUCCUUUACAACGACUGGCGUGUGCGUCCGGCCGGUCGCCUGCCCGAAAUCGACCGCUUGCUGCUGCGGCCGGUCGCCCUCGCAUUGGCGCAUAUCGCGCCGCAGCUGGAAAAGCACGCCGUGGUAGAGCUACCGUCGAAUGUGUUUCGCGACCUCGAGGGUUUCGGCCUCGAGGAAGAGCAGCGAGGAGACGAAUGGGGCCACGGCAAAGGCAGUUGGCUGCGGUACCCAAUCCGGGACUCGUUCUACUACAUCAAGGAAGGGGAGGAGAGCGACCUGUAUUGGGACCACGAGGGCAACCACGGGAGCAUGUCCGGCAUCAUGAACAAUACGGACCCGCGUCAUACGCAUCUUACAUGAUCCGGAACGACCAAACAAAUAAAAAAGAAAUCAAGAGACAAGAACGAUUUACCCAAGUUGGCUCCUCUCUCUCUCUCUCUCUCUCUCUCUCUUCGUGUCAUAAAUUGCGUUUCAAACCACUAUACCCCAACGCACACGUACACGUCCGGCCAAAGCUCGGCGCACUCGCCCCCGUUAUUCACGGCCGGGUUCCAGAGAUAAAAGUCGCUACGAUGGGUGUUGUGGGUAGCCGGACAUUUUCUGGGCGAUUUUGCGCCUCCUCGCCGAGAGAGUGAGAGAGAGGAUGGAGAAGUGGCAAGGACGAAGAGACACUUACCUGAGAGCGAUGCCGUGGUUGUUGGCAAUCGCCCGACACCCGUCCCCAGACUUCACAAGGUAGAACUUCUUGCACCCGCUUACCAUGCCACCUUGGAUUGGUGUGGGCGUCGCGCCGGGCCCGCUGCUUGUGGUUGUUCCGGUCAUGGAGGCUGAUGAUGACGUGCUGCCUGUGGUAGUUUUAGUCACGGUAGCUGAUGAUGGCCUGGUUGUGCUCGACUUCCGCCCGACGCAGACGUAAAAGUCAGGCUUGAGACCGCCGCAGGCGUCCCCAAGAGCCGGGUUCCAGGCUUUAAGGUCGCCCAGGCUGAUGCCACUCCGGGAGGCGAUGGUGUUGCAUUUGUCGACACUCGAGACGAGCCAGAAGCUGGCGCAGUCGAGCGCGAUUCCCUCCUGGGUCGGGAGGUCCUCGGCCGGGGUCGUCGUCGGCUUCGUAACGGGCGUGAUUCGCGUUGUCGGGGUGCCCGGGACGCCGACGCAAUAGUAACUCUCCAUUACGAUGCCGGAGCAGUCACUCCGUACGGACGGGUUCCAGCCGAUAAAGUCGGCCG